UCUCCUGUGUCAGUCAUGGCUUCCUCCAGCGGUGUCCUGAGUGAAGAUCAGCUCCAGUGCUCCAUCUGUCUGGAUGUGUUCACUGAUCCAGUCAUGACUCCAUGUGGACACAACUUCUGUAUGAUCUGUCUCACAGAGUUCUGGGACAGCAGUUCACACUGUCAGUGUCCAGUGUGUCAAACUAAUUUUGCCAAAAGACCGGAGUUAUGUGUGAAUACGUUCAUCUCUGAACUUGCUGCUCCAUUUAAGAAGGCAGUUCAGGUGAAAUCCAGUAGCGCUGCAGAAAAACCCACACAAUCUGUGGUGCUCUGUGACAUCUGCUGUGAAAAGAAAUGUGCAGCCGUGAAGUCCUGCCUGAUCUGUAUGGCCUCUUACUGCAAGACUCACCUGGAACCUCAUGAGAGAGUUUCUUCUUUUAUGAAGCACAAACUGAUGGAUCCUGUGGAGAACCUGGAGGACUACAUCUGCCUGAAGCAUGAGAAACCCCUGGAGCUGUUCUGUAGAGACGACCAGACGUGUGUGUGUCAGUUCUGUACUGAGACCAACCACAAAACUCACAACACUGUUCCUAUAGAGGAGGAGAGUGAAGAGAAGAAGACCGAGUUGGAAAAGACACAAGCAGAAGUUCAGCAGAUGAUCCAGAAGCGACUGAAGAAGAUUGAGGAAAUUAGACACUCUGUAGAACUCAAUAAAGUCAAGAAGGAGAAAGCAGACAGUGUGAAGGUCUUCAGUGCGCUGAUGCGCUGCAUUGAGAGAAGCCAGGCUGAGCUGCUUAUGGUGAUGGAGGAGAAGCAGAAAGCAGCAGAGAUGCAGGCUGAAGAGUUCAUUAAAGAGCUGGAGCAGGAAAUCACUGAGCUAAAGAGGAGAAACACUGAGCUGGAGCAGCUCUCACACACUGAGGAUCACCUCCACCUCCUACAGAUUUAUCCGUCACUGUGCAGCCCUCCACACACCCAGGACUGGACUGACGAUGUCACAAUUAACCCUCAUCUGAGUGAGGAGACUCUGAGGAGAGCUCUGUCUCAGCUUCAGGAAACUCUCAGUGAGGAAAUGGAGAAGUUUGAAGAGAUUAACCUGAAGAGAAUUCAACAAUAUGCAGUGGAUGUGACUCUGGAUCCUGAUACAGCUCAUCCGUAUCUCAUCCUGUCUGAUGAUGGGAAACAAGUGAAACAUGGAGACAAGACACAGAAUCUCCCUGAUAACCCAGAGAGGUUUGAUCUUUGUGUCUGUGUGCUGGGAAAGGAGGGAUUCUCCUCAGGGAGAUUUUACUAUGAGGUGCAGGUCAGAGGGAAGACUGAGUGGACUUUAGGAGUGGCCAGAGAGUCCAUUAACAGGAAAGGGGAGAUUACAGUCAGUCCUGAAGAUGGAUACUGGAGUGUGUGGCUGAGGAAUGAGACUGAAUAUAGAGCUUGUGAUUCUCCCUCUGUCUCCCUCUCCUUGAAACAGGCUCCUCAGAAGGUGGGACAUGCUGAACAUGUUCUUAUUGGAAAAUAA